AUGCUUGUUUUUCAAUUUAUUAUCAUUGCUUCAUUAAUUUUCACCACUUCUGCUAAAUUUUCACGUCCAAAUAAAGAUUCGUCUUGUGAUUCUUCAUACUGUGAUCAGGCUGAUGAUCUUUCAACAUCUUGUCCUAAUGAUGAUUAUGAUUAUUGUAUUUGUGGUUUAGGUUCUGAUUUUUGGAAAGUAUUUUUAAAAUGUGGUCAAGCUUGUUAUCCAAAUUCAUAUGCUCAGUUUACAACUCCUGACGGUUUAAAACAAUCUUGGUGUGCAAAUAUAGAUUAUGCAGACUAUACAUCAGCCUAUAAUUCAGCCUAUAAUUCAGCCUCAAAAUCUCUUCAAAAUGCUAAAACAACAGGUGGUAAUGGAGGUGGCGGUGCUGUUGCUACUGAAACAGCAGGAAGUAAUGGAGGAAGCUCUCCAUCUGGAGGCUCUUCAGGUGGAUCAGGUGGUUCUUCUUCAGGUGGUUCUUCAUCAGGUGGAUCAAGUGGUUCUUCUUCAGGUGGCUCAGGUGGUUCUUCUUCCGGAAGUAACGGAGGAGGAAGCGGUAGUGAUUCGAAUUCAGGUGGUUCUGGUGGCAAUGGUCAAAAAAACGAUGGUAUUGUUGUUAAAGCAAGUAGAGCAUAUUGGGCUUUAUUAUUCUUAUUAUUUUUAUAA